GUGCAAAUGUGUCGCAUCACUACUCGGAUUGUGCGCUUCGUUCACUAUCAGUGAAUGUUUUAUUAUUUUAAUAAUUUUUCAAUCUAAAUGUAAAAUAAAAUUUGGAAAAUGCGUUUUUAUUCAGUUCUCUAUUACUUUUCAUAAUUUUGUUUCAAGUGGCGUCCGUCGCAAGCUAUUGCGAUGGACGUGCCGGACGAAAGUGUACUGGACGUAGAUUUGUUAGCUGACGAUGGUUCAGAAGAGGAAGGCGAAGCGCAGCCAUCAUCAGAUUUCUACAUAGGCCCCGGGUCCACUCCUACGUCAUGCGCAUCGUCGCCGCGCGGCGAGGAGCCCGCGUCGCCGGCCGGGACGCUGUCCCAGCCCUCGUUCUUCCAUCCCUACACCCGCCCGUUCUUCACCUCCGCCAGGCGAGGCCCGGGCAGGCCAAGGAAGGAAGGGCCCAAGUUGACACGAGAAGGGAAAAUUGUCAGAAGAUAUCGUGCCAACCCUGGGUCUGUCAGAGGAGCUAAAAGACACCGUGGCAGCCGUGAGGACUCGUUGGAAGAUGUCAUGGACGAGGAUGAUUUCACCAUGCCUGCUCCCGAAGAACCACCUUUUAUGCCUGAAAAAUGGCCCGGUAAAGUAUGCGCUCUGUGCAACCUGAGCGAGCGCAGUCAGCUGGGGCAGGGCGAGAUGCGCCAGAUCGUGGUCAGCAUCGAGGGGGAGGCCGGGGCCGGGGUCGGGGCGGGGGCGGGGGCGGGGGCUGGGGCGGCGUCGGGGGCGGGGGCGGGCGGCGCCACGCCCACCGGCGCCGCGGCCCCGCCUCUGCCCGUGGGGCUCGCCUCGCCGCCGCCCGAGGUCGACAACCAGCAGCAGUUGGCGUUGCCGCUCAGUCGGAGGCAGAAGGCUUUUAAUAAGUGCAAAACACCUUUGUUCAACAUGGAACACACUGACGAACUGUCCAUCAUAGGCUAUACUGAAACUCUAGAAUUCCCAGGCGUUGUAUCUUCUAGAGCUCUAUACCUCCACCGCUCUUGCCUAGAGUUCAGCCCUCCAUUUCAAGACCAGGUUGCAGCUGGAAUAUCCGAAGAAGAUAAGGAAUGUUUGGAAGAAGCGAGGAUUAGAGGAAUAGUGACACAAGCACUGCAAAGAAAAUGUGCCUUUUGUUCACGAUUUGGUGCUAGUAUACCUUGUAAAAUGAGUUGCAAUAAAUACUUCCAUCUGCCUUGCGUGCUAGCGUCUGGUGGCUUCAUUGAUUUCCAGAGUAAAUAUUCAUUUUGCAAGGACCAUUUGUAUCAAGUGCCACUUAUCUGCACGUCGGACAUCGAGUGCCGCACGUGCCGCACCAUCGGAGACCUCGCCAACCUCAUGACGUGCGUGACGUGCGGCGGACACUACCACGGCACGUGCGUGGGGCUGGCGCAGCUGCCCGGGGUCCGUUCAGGCUGGUGUUGCCGCUCGUGCCGCGUGUGCCAGAUCUGCCGCGGGGAGGCGGCGGGGGGCGGCGGCGGCGGGGCCGCGGGGGCGGGGGCGGGGUCGGGGGCGGGGGGCGAGGCGCGCGCGGUCACGUGUGAGCAGUGCGACAAGCUGUACCACGCCACGUGUCUGCGGCCCGUGAUGGCCACUGUACCCAAGUACGGCUGGAAGUGCAAGUGUUGCCGCGUGUGUUCAGACUGCGGGGCCCGGUCCCCGGGCGCCGGGCCCUCCUCCCGCUGGCACGCGCACUAUACUGUAUGCGACUCGUGUUAUCAGCAAAGGAAUAAGGGCUCCUGCUGCCCUUUAUGCAGGAGAGCCUAUAGGGCUGCGGCGUAUAGGGACAUGAUCCGCUGUACACUUUGCAAAAGGUACGUGCACGGUAUGUGCGACCCUGAUGCGGAGCCUCUACAGUACAAGCAGAACAAAGAGAGGAAUCCAGGCUACGAGUACAACUGUCCCAUUUGCAAGAACCACAUGCAGCUGACUGGAACCAAAACUGGCUCUUUUGAAGAUGAAAAUACGGCGUCAACAUCACAAGAUUCAUCGUUUGGGGACGAGAAUUCUCAACACGAGCAAGACCCCCUCGCUAUGGAAGUUGUUGCAAAAGCGGACGUUGGCCUCGGCAAAGGCAAACCUUACACAGUGUCGUCGAAAAUAGCCAAAAAGAAGAUGGGCGGCUACAAGCUAAAGGGUGGUUUCCCUCCGGCCGGCAAAAUGGGAUUCCAGAAGCGACAACGUUCCGUUUUAGACUUUGGCAGAAAGCGGGGUUCCAAGCCGAAGAUGCGGGGGGUUUUUGGGGUCCCUGGGCUGGGGCUCCAGAGGCCCCAAGCCCCGGAUAAUAAAGUGCCGGAGGACGAUCCCGGUGAGAAGUGUUCAAAUGGAAUGGAGAACAAACUGGUGCUAUGUUCGAGCAAAGACAAGUUCGUGUUGACUCAGGAUCUGUGCGUGAUGUGUGGCGCCGUGGGCACGGACUCCGAGGGCUGUCUGAUCUCCUGCGCUCAGUGUGGCCAGACCUACCAUCCUUACUGCGUCAAUAUCAAGGUUUCCCAAGUGAUAGUGACACUCGGCUGGCGAUGCCUCGACUGCACAGUGUGUGAGGGUUGCGGCAACCGCGGCGAUGACAACCUGCUGCUGCUGUGUGACGACUGUGACACCACGUGGCACACCUACUGCGCGCGGCCGCCGCUCAGUGAGGUCCCCCGAGGGGCGUGGAGGUGCGAGCGCUGCAGGCGGUGUUUGGUCUGUGGCACCAGGGACACUACCGCUUGGUGUGAUAACUAUACAGAGUGUGCGCCGUGCGCGUCGCUGGUGAUCUGCUGCGUGUGCUCGGAGCCGUACUCCGACGGGGAGCUCAUCAUACAGUGCUUCGGCUGCAACCGCUGGCUGCACGGCGCCUGCGACUCCAUCCGCGGCGACCACGACGCCGAGGCGUGUUGUCGCCAAGGGUACAAAUGCAUAAUAUGCCGCGGUCGCGACGUCCCCCCCCCUCACCUAGCGAGAGCGAUAGAAGCAGCCCCAGCUACUACCACUACCACCAUAACCACAACAUCUAGACCUACCCCCCGCCACACCGCUAUAUCCCUCGGUCUAGGCGGAGAAUAUUACGUGGACGACGUCUGUCUGUCACAACGAGGGGCCCAUCAUAUGAAGCAGUUGGAGGCGGACUUGGGAAUAACCCACACGAGGCGGAAAAGGAGGUUCAAGAAUGAGAACACGGAGAAGGACGCUGAAAUAAUGGCAUCUAUUGAAACAGUGGUUCAGAACGCUGACGUCGAGAUGGGAGACGACUCCAAGCCGGACAGCACGGCUGAGGUCAAGGAGGAACCUGGCGUAACCACGAACACGAAUCUAAAAGAAGGCACUCUAUGGAACGUUGCCAACGACGGCCCACCGCCGGAAGGCUUCACAGUCUACACCAUAGAGUCGGGACUCACUGUGUUGAGGCGGAAACGACAGCGGAACCUGAAUAAAUUGGGGAUUGGUGGGUUUGUGGUGCGACAGAGACAAAGCAGCAAGGCGCAGCUUGAUGAUGAUAAGGAUGGCGAUGGAACGCAGGCUGGAGAAUCUCCAGGCAACAAAAGGAAGCCACGGCGAAAACCAAGAUCUAAGCUGAUGGAGCAAUUCCCAUCCUAUAUGCAAGAAGCGUUCUUCGGUAAAGAGUUGUUGGAGCCCAGCAAACCUUCAGUCAGUUCCACUGGAAAUCCAUCAGAGAGCCCAUUACGAUCGACCACUCCGGAAGGUUACCGGGAACUGAGGGACUUCAAGCUAGACUUGGAUAACUCGGACACGGACGGAGAAGAUGUCAUGUCUGCUUUGACUGUCUACAAUGACCAGGACACCUCUUAUAUCAUCACACUUAACUCUGAAGAAGUAGAUCUAUUAAACUCUCUAAAACCGAAAGAAGAGAAAGACGACUCUAACAGCACAGAGGUCAAGGUGAAGACUGAACUAGAGGACGGUAACCUCAAACAUACAGAAGACUCGACCGCACUGAAGAAUGCUAUACUGGGACCACAGCCUGCCGAGCCCGAACAACCGCCUGCAACUGAGACCAUACCGACUGUGCAUAGCACUAAGACUGAACCUGUGGGCAGUGAAACCGGUGGGUCAUCCCAAGCCUCCACCAUAUCCCCCAAAGACGAGCUGUCCCUGCUGGGAGUGAGCCUGGACGCGAUGGUGCGCGACUCGCUGCCCGACAUGGACAGCACUGACGUCGACGAGAUAUUCAAGGGCGUGCUCACUGACGACUCGCAGGAGUCUCAAGAAUCGUCCGUGUCGUAUGUGAAUUCAAUAGCGGGCACUCCUUAUUCGCAACAGAGACAGCAAAUGCAGAGUCCUAUGGAAUACUCGUCGCCUUACCACAAUGAGUUUAGUAGCAAUAACAGCAAUGCGGCCCUCAGCCCCCUGUUCGGGGGCGCCGGGGGCGCCGCCCCGGGCGCGGCCUGGGAGCCCCCGAGCGCGCCCCCGCCCUCCUACAACCAGCGCAGCGCCGACAAGAUGCGGCAAGAUGAGAGCCUCGGCUCAGCGGCGACAAUAUCAGCAGUAUUAUACGCCAACACCAACCAUCCAGAAUGGAAGACAGACUUCCCAAACUGGGUGGAUCGUUGCAAACAGAUCCUGAAGAAAUGGCGGGCAUUGCCAUCGGAACAAAAAGCGCCAUAUUUACAAAGAGCAAGGGAUAACCGCACGGCGAUCAGGAUGAAGAAAGCGCAACAGAGCACGGGCGGUGCAGCGGAGCGCGAAUCCAGCCCCGCGCCGAGCGUUCCGAGCGCUCCGAGCGCAGUGAGCGCAGUGAACGCAGUGAGCGCAGUGAGCGCUACGACGACUGCGACCCCGGCGGUGCGCGCGCCCAACGUGACGGUGACCGCGGGCGGGAUCCUGGAGGCCGACGCGCACAUUCGCGUGCUAACCCCCUCCGAGAUCAUGCGCACGCUGCCGCGCCUCGCGAGGCCCACGGAACAAGAGCGCGCGUGCGGGCAGCAGCGAAGUGCGCGCGAAGCGGAACAGGAGCGGCAGUGGAAGCAUCUGCAGCAACAGCGGCAGCAGCAGACGCAGCAGCAACAGCAGAUUAUACACGACCAGAGAGUGCAAGCAGCGAUGCAGCGUUUACGUGCUCCAGGGAGUCCUACGGCGGCCCAGCCCGCGGCGCCGGCCGAAGCCCCGAGGCAGGCCUUUCCUGCGCAGCGGUUCCCAAUACACUACAACAAUGAGGACAUCAAUAGACAGCUGAGGGAUUUGCUGCAGAGGCAUCCGGAGAAGAUGUGGCCGCCACAAGCAGGUUCGGCAGAGGGUGGUGUUCCCGGGGCAGAAGGGCAGCCGUUCCGGCAGCCUCUGCCCGUAGGCGUGAGGCCCCGGGCUCCGCAUCCGGGGCAGCCACCGCCGAGGACCGAACACCCCAUGAUGAUGCAGCAACGCCUAGUAUUGUCAGAAGGUGGACAGAUACAACAAAACAUCAAUGCUGCAUCACAACAGGCGAUGGAACAGAAACAAGCCAACGCUCAAUCUAAUGCACCUGGAAGCGAACCCAAGCAAGAGCCAGGCCAUGACAAUGGGACUGACGAGAUGGAUAUGGGAGACAUGGAGAAACUUGAACAAGAUACUGGCAAUAUUGGAGAGGUUGACAAUAUCCUGACCGGUCUAGGCGGGGAAGACGACGAAGAGCUCCUAGAAUCGCUCACAGCAGAGAUCGGGGAACAGUUCAAUAUUCUGGAGUACGCCGACCCGGAGCUGGAUUCCCUCAACGGCGCGGAACUCAACUUGAACGAUUUGGAUUUGGACAUAGUGCCUGAGAGGCAUGCCAAGCGUGAACCUCAGGACGAAGGCGAGAAACAAGAUAACAAAAUGGACACGGAACUACAGAAAGCAGUCAAAAACAUAGAGGUGAAGACUGAAGUGAAGGCGGAGUUGCAAGAGGUGAAAACGGAAAUCCAGGAAAUCAAAGAUGGGCAACCGACGGGCGUGAGUCAGAUGUUCCCCGAUGGAGUGCAGAGGGUUAUUUCGCAGAACCAACAGAUUACUUUGCAGUCGACCAUCCAAGCUAUAAAAUCUGAAGUGAAGCUGGAAGGCUGGCGGCCACGGCUGCCUCACCACAUGCAGCGCCCGCCGCCGCCGACGCAACAUCCGCUGCAGCAGCGUAUGCAGCACCAGCAACAGCUGGGCCAACGCGUACAAUUCGGCGCGGGCGGACAAAUCCUAUCGCAACAAGUUAUACAACGCCCGCAAGUGUUCGCCUCGCAUCAACACAUGCAGCAUUAUACACAGCAGGGUGGAGCGGCGCCCGGUUCAGUCCAAAACGCGGCAGCCGUGAACGCUCAAAGUAUAGUGAACGCUAUGACGGCGCAAGUGAACGCGGGCAUAGCGGCCGGGCGCCAGAUACAGCCGGGGAAGAAGAUGCUGGGCAGGGACGGCGCCGUCGGCGUCGUCAGGCACGACGGCACCGUCACGCUCACCUCUCUGCCGCACUCAGCGGGCGUGAGCGCGCCCCCGCCCCCGUACCCGGGCACGCUGCGCGCGCACGCGCCGCCGCCCCCGCCCCCGCCCCCGCCCCCGCCCUAUCCGCAGUUUGAGCCGGACGCGUGGGCCGAGUGGCUGCAUCGCCGCCCGCUGCUGCUGCAGAACGUAAAUCAGGAGCAACCGUUGCUUCUGGAGGAGCUCCUGGAGCAGGAGAAGCGCGAGCAGGAGCGGGACGGCGGGGAGUGGAGCGGGGCGGGUCCGGCGGGUGCGGGUGCGGGUGUGGGUGCGGGGGCGGGGGUGGGUGCGGCAUUGGGCGCCCCCGCGCCCGCCGCGCCCUCCGUGCCGCUGUUCAGCGGCGCCCCGCCGCCGCAGCCGCCCGCGCCGCCCGACCGCCUGCUGUCCGAGGCCGACCACCACAAGCGUCUGCUCUACGAACACUGGCUCAAACAGUUCAACAGCUUCGCCACGCAGCAGCAGGCCUAUUACGAGGCCGAAGUGCAGAAACUGAGGAAGAUCCGCAAGUCGCUGAAUAGCAAGCAACGCCAACUGCGCAAGUCUGGCAAUGAGUUGAUGCCGAACGACGCGGCUGAGUUGCUCCGCGUGUCGACAGAACAAUCCGCUUUGCAAAAACAUCUCGACGCAGCGAGGAAGCAAGUUCGACAACAUGGAAUGCUCAUGCAGGAAUAUGAAACGAAACAAAGACAACAGAACCCUCAGCUAGCGCAGCAAACUGUUAUAAACCAGCAACAGAUUACUACAAACCAAACUAUCUUCCAAUCCAACCAGAACAUGCCGCAGUCUCCUCAAAUGCAACAGCAGACUAUAAACAGACCGAUGCAAUUAGGCUUGCAAGGCGUGCAGCAACAACAAACUUUGAUUCGAACACAACAGACUGUAUUAAACGCUGACGGUCAACCUAUGACGCAACAGAGAAUAGGAUUAGUGACGUCGCCAUUAAACACUCAAGGAAGAAUUCUUCAAGGGGGACGUACGUUAGUGAUCGAACAGGCAGGGGCACCGCAACAGCAGCUAGUGAGGCAACUGUCCGGGGUUCAAGAACGUGGGCAGUCUGUAGGAAUGGUGCAGUUCAGCCAACAACAGCUGGCGAAUGUACGAGGCGCCAUGCAGGCCGCGGGCGCUACUCCGCGGCCUCCUGGCUCGAGGCCAGCCAUGUCUCCGCUGCACGUGCAAUCUCCACAUUCCCAAUCGCCGCUGCAUACCUUAGCGCCGCAGUCGCCUCUCCAUCACCUAACUUCUCCAAUGCAAUCGCCGUUGCAUUCUCAACAGUCGCCCCUACACCAUACGUCUCAAUCUCCUCUGCAUCCGUCGACGCAAUCCCCUCUACACACGCAGCAGUCUCCAUUACAUUCGCAGCAGUCUCCAAUGCACGUCCAACAGACGAAUAUGCCGCAACAGUCGCCGAUGCAUCAACAAUCGCCGAUGCAUCAACAAUCCCCGAUGCAUCCCCAACAAUCGCCUAUGCAUCCGCAACAAUCUCCUAUGCAUCAACAAAGUCCUUUACACCCGCAACAGUCGCCGCUACACACUCAACAGCCUCAAAUCCAAACCCAGCACUCCCCAAUGCAUCAACAAAGUCCGAUGCAUUCGCAGCAGUCGCCGAUGCAUCUGCAACAGUCGCCGAUGCACACGCAGCAGUCGCCGAUGCAGUCGUCGAUGUCGCCGCAACACUUCUUGCAACAGUUGCAAGCACAGAGGACUAGUCCGCAGCUGCCCACGCCUAGUCGUAGCCCUCAGAUAUACCAACAGUCACAAAUCCAAAGCCCUGUGGCGUCACAUUCGCCGCAGUUACAUAAUAAUAUGGACUAUACAACGGGUAGAUUCUCAAGACCCGCCCCUGGGUGUUCCCCACUGCCCACACGUUUCGCCAGGCAACAACAACACCAUCAACAAGGAAUGCGAGUUGGUGUACCGUUUGGCAGUCGUCAACAGACAUCACCACUUGGCAGUCCUCAACCAUUGCCCUCGCCUGGCAACCCCGCUAAUGAAAUGGCUCGCCAGCAAAUGCUUCAGCGCCAACAAUACAGCCCCAUGGGCGGCGCGCCCGCGUCCCCCUCCCCGCGGCGCUCCCCGCAAGUGCCGCGCACCCCCACCCCCUCCGCCUCCCCCGCCGCCUCCCCCGCGCCCUCGCACGACGGCGGCGGCGGCGGCGGCGGACACAUGGGCCACCACACCGCCCCCAUUCCCCCUGGAUACAGAUACUUUAAACCUGGACUUCGAGGCGGCGCCCCAGUGUGGCCUCCACGGGAAGACGAAAGAAGACGACCUCCGCACAUUAAUAAAGUCUCCAUUCUUAAACGUCGCACCCCCCCACGUCCCCGUUUCGCGGGAAAAACCCCCGCCCCGCCUACACCUGAAGAAACUGAACAGACUGAUCGAAGAUAUGUAGUCUAUGGCGACACCGAGUACGCUACGACUUCAGACACUCGCGCGUCAUCUGACAGAGACGACGAUGACGAUGGAGAUGAUAUAGACGAACAUAUGGAAGACGAUGACAUAGUCCUCGUCGAGCCGGGAGUCAUAUCUCCAGAAGAAAGAAUAGCCACUGAAGAAGACUUUGAGGAGCUAAUAGAUAGUGGGAAACCAGAAGACGAAGCGGAAGAAGAAACGGCGACUCCGCAGACGUCGACUCGUACGGAGACAGCCACAAAAACUGUAGCAGUUAUUAGUUUAUCAACAGGAAAACAAUCUUCAGGAAACGUCCAGCAGUACAAAAUCAUGAAUCCGUCAUCGACCGCGCCGCUUUCGCGGUUACCAGUUUUAAGUGCAACCGUCCUCUCCCCGCAUUCCAAUACAAAAAUAUUAAAUGACGCCACUCAAGCGACUGUCGCUUCCGUCUCCAUAGCAAAUCAGACGAUAUCAGUCCCAGUUCUAAAGAAUCUCUCAGUUCCUAUAAACAGUAACGUAGCAAAGCCACAAAUUAAGAAAAUGCCACUGAAUUUAUCUAACGCCCCUUUAAAUAUUACUAUGUCUUCAGCACCGUCUCUUUCAAAGUCGUUGAGUUCGGUUAUAAGUGUGAUAUCUCCUAACGUACCUAAAGUAGCUAAUAUGAGUCCAGUGAUAUCAUUAGCGACCUCGAAUACUGCCGGCACGUCGAGAGUGCCAGUCUCAUUAUUGACGCAGCAUCAAGUAAAACAGAAGAUAGUUAAGACAAUAGAUAAGUCAAUGUCUUUGACUUUAACAAAUACGAAACUUUCUAGUCUAUCAGUGACUCAUGACGCCACUCUCCCUGCGAAAAUAUUCCAAGACGAAGCCGCUUCGCCAGACAGCACGGUCACUACAGAAAAUAACCCAGAUCGUGAGUUACAAAACCCAACGACGUCAACUCCUCAACAUUUGGUGCAACAAACGGCAAUUGACCACAGACCGCCUAUUAUCAAGGAAGGAAAUAAAGAUAUCGACAUUGAGACUGAAAUUAGCCAACAAACUGAACUGCCACAUUCACUAUGUAUCACUGAUCGAACUCCGCUAUUGUUAGGCAAAACUGACAUAAAGAGUCCGGAUCCCAUUCCAGAGAAAAUACCAGAUAACAUCAUGGAGGGUGAUGACGAGGAUAAACCCGAAGAUAAUAUGCAGAGUAAUUUAUUACUGUCUUAUAACAAAUCGAUAUCGGAACAGUCUAGUCAAAAUGCGCCAACUACCGACACCAAAGCCGAAGAGAAUGUUGUUAAAACUAUUAAGGCUAUUGCUAACCAGACCAAAGAGAUGGUCAUAGACUCUAACAUGCAAAUUACAUCGGACAUGGCUCAGGAGUCAGUUCAAAUAUCUAUACCAUCGCCCACGCCUUCCCAAGAAAGAUAUUUGAAUGACAUCACGAUGCAGGAACACCCCGAAACCGUUGAGGGAAAUCCUAAACGCGUAGAGACAUUUGAAGAUAUGCUUUGUAUACUUGAGAAUAUUGAUGAAACUAAGACAUAUGGACUGAAACAACCGAACCCAAAAGCGGGCAACCCUAACAUUCAGAAUCCGAAUAUGAAUAUUCCUCCUAAACAUGACAAUAAAGAUGCCCAAGAACAAAUGACUUAUCAGAAAAGAGAACCUGAUAGAUUGGGUCUGCAGUCAGCCACUGUGCCUCAACUGUCGCCGCUGUCACAUCCAUCAGAAUUGACUUCUAAUGUGGCGAACGUUUCGCAACAACUACGUACUAUAAUGUCUUCGCUAAACACGAACACGUCAAAGGUAGAAUCGCCAAAUUCUGCAGUGAUGAGAAAGAACAGUGACGCUACCACGCCCACUCAGGUUAACUUCGAAAACUUAUUGCCUUCUUCCAAAGUUGAAGUGGCCGCUUCCAGGCCUUCUCCUCAACCGAAACCUCCUACACCAAUGCCACCCUCUGAUAAUAUACCUAUGAGCGUAGCACAAAUGGUCGGCUCACGAAUCAAUACAUUAUCUACAUUAGGACAAAUGCGAAAAUCUCCCACAGUAUCCCCUAUUAACUCCCCUGUAGGUAUGCCGACCCAAUUAAUGAAAUCUCCAGCGCAAUCUCCCUUAAUUACCAAUCAAAAUUUCAUGUCUACAGAAGACUCGAAUCAAACAUCCAUGGCAUCACAAAUCAUUCAGAUGCCAGCCUUAUCUAAGAUUCACAGUAGCACGCCAAAUACAAUGAUUCACUCGAACACUGUCACUACUACUGUUAGUGGUUACCAGAAAAGUCAAGUCCUUCCUACGAGUAUAUUAGGUCACACAUUAUUACAACCAACAAGACAAAUAAGUGCUGGUACUAUCUCAUUCAAUCAACAAGGUAUCAGCUCGAGUCAGCCACCAGCUUUAGUGAUGACGUCGAGGCCGAUAAUGGGAAAUAAAGAACCAGCCCCCAAUGUCACUAUUAGAACCCACAGUAUCGUGAGCGCAGGAAUUGGGCAAAUUCAAGGACAAAUACAGGGCCAAUUACAAGGUCAAAUGCAAGCGAAGACACCUACUGGUACUAUAAAUUAUAUCCAGUCGUCAAAAUUGUUGCAUACGCAGCUAACUUCGCCAUUGAAAAGGUCAAAGUCGACUGAUGAACCAAAGACUGAUCUCAUCGUUGGACACAUACAACCUACGAAGAGACAUAGUGUUGAGGCUGUCGUAGUUAAAUCAGAACCGAUGGAGACUGACGAUCCUAACGCUGCAGCUGCAACAACUGAUAAUGCAGGCAAUAAAUUGCCACAGAAUGCAGCAAAUCAGAGGAACGAUGAAUCUCAGAAUGUGUUAUUAAAACAGCUGCUUCAGACUACUACGACAGCGGCAAAUGUUGUUCCUCAACGCACUAUGACCAUUCAAAGAACGGCUCCGGCAUUGGGCACUAUACCAUCACUAGAAGCCCAAUUAGCCAGACCAUCAAUUCCUCCGCCCACUUUAGCGUUAUCACAAGAAGUCGAAAUCCCUAAGAAUUCACCGAGACAAAUAACUGUAAAUUCACCGUUUACUUCCCGCCCGAUGCAAACGGCUAUGACGUCUAUCCCGACGUCUUCUAUAUCACCUUUGAUGCACACGUCGACUCAAUCAUUGAUGGAUGUGCGGAAACCGCCCAUGAAAAUUAUGACCAAAGAAGAGACCACGCCGAUCCCGGAAAGCUCACCUACAAUAAAAACAAUGCAGAUGUAUCCAAUUAGCGUUGAGAAUCAACAAUUACAGCAGGCCAUUAAAAAGGAAAUUGCGCCGCCGAUGCAAAGCCCCGUACAUAGACCUUUUACUCCAUUAGACGUUAAAAAAGAACUAAUAGAUGAAAGUUCACAACAGUCUGCCACAUCUGGAGUGUCUACGGCCUCAGAUCAAGGCAAGAUGGAUCAACCAAUGAAAGAGGAAUUCCCUGAAAGCGUAACUAUGGACCCGUCGUCCGAAGUCAACGCUCCUGAAACUCCUUCUGAAGCGAAAAAGAGAAAGCGACGUGAAUACCAACAAAAGAAACGUAGACAGAUGCAAAUGAAUAUAAAAGCUGCCGCAGAAAAUAGCAUGAAUGCGGCUAAUGCUAAAAAGAGGCCGCGAAAGGGAUCUCGGUAUGAGGAAGAUUAUGACACCUUUAUUGAUAAUUUGAUGGCGCAACUUCGAUUAUUACCUCCAAUGCAAAUCCAGGAACCAUCAUUGACAACAAAUUUUGCCGUAUGUCCCCUCUUUGGUUCCGGAGAUUUGACUAAAUUAAAGAGCAAAGAUUAUGACUUUCUGAAAGGCGAUUUAGUAGGAGAGUUCGGAAAUGCUAAGAUACCUAAUGUAGGUGAUUACUACAACACGAAACCGUUUGGAGAAGAAGAACCUUUGCCUGAGAAACCGGCGACAUCCACGCAGAGAGGAUUCUAUGAUCAAGAAUUUCAACCUAUCAUGUUCGAUGAUGACCUGGAAGACAAGAAGUUGGAUUUCAUUUGUAAAGAGCGCGAUACAGAUACUCCCGACAGUAUUGUUAGUUGUUCAAGUCCGGAAUGUCUCGACUUAGAGCCGGCGAAUAGGUUCCCAGGCUUGAAACUUAUUGACGACGAUGAAGAAGAUGAGGAUAGCGACUCAGGUCGAAUUUCGCCCAUCAUACCUCUCAUUGCACCCGUACCUAUUCGAGUGAAACCUGUCUCAUUAUACCAACUCAAAGAUGAAGACGAGAAGUUGAAGGCCAUAGACACUGGCUCAUCUAUGAAAUCAAAGAUGGUGGAUUCCCCGGGCAGUAUGGAGAGUAAUGAAAAUGUGACGGUCACUCUGACACUAACUUCUGGUGCUGCUGAAGAUAUUCUCGGUGUACUAAAAGAGUUAGCGGGAAUUCUACACAUACCGCCUCCGACAUCCUACCAAAUUAUAGAAAGAACGGCAACGCCACCUUCACACAAGUUAGGUCUGUAUAGAUCGAAAGGCAAAGACGGUAAAGAGGGAACACCAAUAGAUAUUCAGAGUAUCCUCAAUGGGGCAGCUAAAUUUUGCCGGCACUGUGACGUCGUGAUAUUGGAUUCUGUUGUCAGAGCAAAAGCUUCAGAGUUCCCGUUGCUUUCGGCCAACAAGGGCAAUGCCGAAGAAAUACUCUGUGAUAGCGAUUCUGAACUGUUCUUCUGUAGUACUCAGUGUUAUGAGAGGUUCGCUUGGAGACCGACGAAUAUAAUUCUCGAUGGAAAAUCAAAACCCGCGGUAAAGGAAGACAGUAAAUCUGACGUCGAAACUAAUUUAUCUAAAGACCGAGACGACUUCGAUACUGCAUCGACCGAAAGUAUGGAAACUGAUGAUUUGGACAUUAAACCCGAUAUCAAAGACGAGAAAAUGGACUUGUCUUUCAUUGACUCGUUAGACAAUGAUGAAUUAAUGAAAGAAGUGGGAGACGACGUCACGGCUCUAGAUGAAGACCUGAAGAGCGUGGAACAAGACGAAAAAAGUAACCAAAGCACAGAGAAAGAGAAAUAUCGAGGGAUUAGAUACAAAGCUUGGUCGCCCGGCUGUAUUGGCCCGCCAGCGAAAUAUAAACGUCCUACGGAUAGAGAGUUGACCGAAUUGGUGUUUAGAACAGGCGUAGCGAUUAUGCCAGUGACAAAUGAAGAUUCAAGACGUUGUGAAUUGUGUGGAAUUCAAGGGGAUGGUGUGGCGGAUGGGGUGUCGAGACUAUUGAACUGUGACGUGGACCGUUGGGUGCAUUUGAACUGCGCGCUGUGGUCGGAAGGAGUGUACGAAACUGUUAGUGGGGCUCUGAUGAACGUUGAGACGGCUUUAGCGAAUGGUUCUAGUGCGGUGUGCGCAGUUUGCAAGAGAUUGGGCGCCACUGUACGCUGCUUCAAGGUGCGGUGCGGUAGUGUGUACCACCUGGGCUGUGCCGUCAAGGACAGCUGCGUGUUUUACAAGAACAAGUCGUGUUUCUGCGCUUCUCAUGCGCCCAAAAAUGAAAAGGAUAACGAGCUGACAACCCUAAGCGUCCAACGUCGCGUGUUCAUCUCCCGAGACGAGCAGAGACAAGUGGCGUCAGUGAUGCUGCACUCGGACACCAACCACCUGAUCCGUGUGGGGGGCCUGAUCUUCCUGAGUCCGGGACAUCUGCUGCCGCACCAGCUGGCCGCCUUCCACACCCCCCACUACAUCUACCCCAUCGGAUACAAGAUUGUGAGGUUCUACUGGUCGAUGUCGCGCGCCAACAGCCGCUGCCGGUACUUGUGCUGGAUAACAGAAGAGGAAGGCAAGCCUCGCUUCCACGUGCGGGCUCAGGACGAACACCGCGACGAACUGAGUGCGGCCACACCGCGCGCUGCCUGGGCCACGGUGCUGGACGCAGUGGCGGCGUUACGCGACGGCCGGACAGAGGACGGGGUGCUCAAGCUGUGGCCCAACUACGUCACCGGAGAAGACCUGUUUGGACUCACUGAACCCGCGGUUGUCAGGGUUUUGGAGAGUUUGCCUGGUAUCGAGACGCUAACAGACUACCGCUUCAAGUUCGGUCGGUCCGCGCUUCUCGAGGGCGGGCUGGCGGUGAACCCUUCCGGCUGCGCGCGCAGCGAGGCGCGCUGCGGCCGCGGCUGGCGUCGCCCAGCUAGGUCGCUGGUGCCCGCGUCCCCCGCCGCCGCCGCCGACCACGGCGUACCCCCCGCCUCUUCAUCAUCCUCGACUGCCGCCUGCCCUUAUUCCAAACAGUUCGUUCAUACGAAGAGCAGCCAGUAUAAGAAGAUGAAAUCGGAGUGGAGAAACAAUGUGUACUUGGCUAGAUCUAAAAUCCAAGGACUAGGUUUGUACGCGGCGCGCGACAUUGAGAAACACACGAUGGUGAUAGAGUACAUCGGAGAGAUCAUUCGCUCCGAAUUGUCUGAGAUUCGCGAGAAACAGUAUGAAGCUAAGAACCGCGGCAUCUACAUGUUCCGGCUGGACGAGCGGCGGGUGGUGGACGCGACGCUGAGCGGCGGCCUGGCGCGGUACAUCAACCACUCGUGCCAGCCCAACUGCGUGGCCGAGACUGUGGAGGUCGACCGCCAGCUGCGCAUCAUCAUCUUCGCCAAGCGCCGCAUCGCUCGCGGCGAGGAGCUGGCUUACGACUACAAAUUUGACAUAGAAGACGACGCCCACAAGAUAAUGUGUAUGUGCGGCGCCCCCAACUGCCGCAAGUGGAUGAACUGAAUGAGAACUACCGCUGCUGUGUACAUCGUGAUCUACUAAGGAAGGCUAUGAAGUUUAGUUUUAUGUACCAAAGUGAUUUCAACCUUAACAUAAGCAAAACGAUACUUUAAGAUACACCAAUGGAUUUCGACGACCCAGAGUCGCGUAUUUAUUCUAAGACAAUAUGAAAAGUUUUACAGAUAACUGAUAAACUGUAAUUUUUCUAUUCUAUUUGUGAUCAUGCAAAAGAGAUGAACACAUUUUUGUAUAUAAUAUUAAAAUAUAUAAAUCAUUGUUGUUACUAAAUUUUAAUGAUUUAGAUGUGGAGUUUUCCAAGUUUACUGCUAAGUUUAAUUUUUAUUAUAUUUUUAUGCACUACGAAUGUUUUCGCUGACUGUUCACAAUUAUUUAUUUUCGGUUUCGUGCGUUAUCAUGAUUUCUAAAUUAUUAUCGAUCCGAAUUCUAUCAAAUCGAUAUUAUGACUUAGUAUACUAUAGAAAAUCUCAACAGUGAUGAAAUAUUAGGUUAAGUUACCAAAUAAAUGAGUUUGCAUUUAGUACUUGUAGCAUUGUAGACCGUAACAUACAUGACGCCACGCUGUGCCUGACCGUUUGUAUGUUGUGAGAGGCGAGUUACCGGCGCCCGAUAGUUGUAACGGCCAUACGCUUCCAUACUCGAUCACGAGCUUUUUUAUACAAACAGAUAAAUAUUUUUCCUUCCAUGAAAUGUUAGAAAUUUAUUUUAUAUAUUUUCUUAAAUUUAUGACGACCGACCGCUAUGUUCGAGUAUGGAAUAAGUAUGCAUUUUGUAGGUAGUAUAAUUUAUUAAAGUAACUGAUAGUCCCAAAUGUGAUAUUACCUCACAUGAAGUCGCGUGAACUUACUCGGUGGCCAUUGUAGGGCUACGGAUAGUCGGAGUUAUUUUUAAUGGAACGUAGUAUGAUCGAAGGCAUCGGUGUGAUUUAGGAAGCUAAAUUAGAGAAAAUAUUAUUUGGACGAGCACGACGUAAGUCUAGGCGAUUGGUGUGACAUGGUUGUAGACAAAUAGUAAGUGAAAUGAAAUAAGUAAUAUUGAUAGCACAAGGAUGUUAGUUGUUUGAUCGCAAGUUGCCAUCUACCAAUGUUAUGAACUCAUGCAAUAUAAUUUUAAGUGUUAAAGUGCAAUAUCAUAUGCGGAUAUAGUGUAAAUAAUUACCUACAACUUUGCAGAGUACGUUUUUUAAUUUGUAAUAGAGCCGUAGAUUUAUAUAAAGUUUUAAUGCAUUGUUUAUAAUUGAAGUUAUGUCAUUUCCUUCAAUCAAUUUAUUUAUUAAAGCAUUCCCAUUGCACUGAAAAAAGUCUACUCAAUUAUUUUUCACAAAAUAAAUUUUGACAUGGUGUUGUUUGUAAAAAAAAUAUUACUUUAGAAAUAUUCUAUACAUUAGUAUUUUUAUUGCAUUAUUUUCCUAUCAUUAAAAUUUUAAUUAGUAAUAACAAA